AAAAAAAUGACAUGUUUCGCACAUUUAUGACACAAUAAGCCCCUAUAGCGUUUCAACAAUAGAAACAACAAAGCAAAUGAUACGCUAACAUGCCGACAAAUAAAUCCUACACAACGUUCUCUCGCCCAUAGUCAAGCUGCACUGGCAAUACUAACAACUACUUGAUCUUGUAAAGAUGUCUUCUUCUCGUCUUGCGAAGUUGCGAAAACAACCAGACAGCACCUGGGCACUACUUCAAAAACGUUUAAUCGCGCUCCCGGAUCCGUUCGAAAAACUUUCUCUGCCUAAUGUUUGGAACUUCAUCGUCAACAAGUCUCAUUCCUUGAGCACUAAUCCAGGAUACGUAUCCACAAGUCUUAUCACCACGACAACUUUCAUUGCUGGAUCAGCAAGUACACUUGUCACUGGCACACAAGAGAUGCCUCUAAACAUCUAUUCAAUCUUCGUUGGUCCACCGACGACAGGGAAAUCACAAGCCAUUAAAGAAUGUGCUGUUUUUCCGAUGGUUGCAGUGGUCAGGGAAACAGAUUCCUCAUCUCCAGUAAUUCAAAAGUGCACAUCCUCAGGACUUAUAAAGACAAUCGCUGACAACAAAAAGGGAUUCCUCUUGUCCGGUGAGAUUUACGAUGUCUUAUUUAAAUUACUGAAGUCCGACGAAGAGAACGCCACUGGAGACGUGCAAGUUCUGUGUCAGCUAUUUUCUGGAGAGGAAGCUUCAUACAGGUACGCCACAGAAAGAACGCGCGAGAUUGCAUCAAACACGCCUUUUUCCAUACUUGGUGCUACACAAGUUCCGUUUGCCGCCCGCCUUGUCACGCUAUUAGACCAGGGACACGGUCUUAUUGACCGAUUUUUAAUAACAUUUCCAAAAUGCCUCAGGCCAUCCCCACAAGAAACGAACCAAGCAGUGGAAGCAUUAAAGGAAAGUGCCCUUUCAAAUUGUGAAGAUAUAUUCAUAGAAAUCGCUAGAUUGCAUACAUCGCGCUCAAGCUACACACUGACGCAAGAGGCAAAUGACACUGUCAACGGUCUCAAUGAAGGGUUCAUUGCAGAAGUCAAUGAAGCCAUUACAGAAGGCAGGACUCCGCCAAAGACAAAAAAGAUCGAC